UCACCGGCCCGCCCUACGCCCGGCGCUUUGCGCCUGCGCGGGGGACGCUCUGGAGCAAGAUGGCGGCGCCCAGCCUCCCCACUCCCGAGCACGGGCACGUGGGCCGGGGCGCCUUCCGCGACGUGUACGCGCCCGCGGAGGACACCUUCCUGCUCCUGGACGCUCUGGAGGCGGCGGCGGCCGAGCUCACGCGAGUGGAGCUAUGCCUGGAAGUGGGAUCGGGGUCUGGAGUGGUAUCCACAUUCUUGGCCUCCAUGAUAGGCCCUCAGGCUCUGUACCUGUGCACUGACAUCAACCCCAACGCAGCAGCUUGUACCCUGGAGACCGCACGCUGUAAUCAAGUCCAUGUGCAGCCCGUAAUCACUGAUCUGGUCAAAGGCUUGCUACCAAGACUGAAGGAGAAGGUUGAUCUUCUGGUGUUUAAUCCCCCAUAUGUAGUGACUCCGCCUGAGGAGGUAGGAAGUCAUGGAAUAGAAGCAGCGUGGGCUGGUGGCAGAAAUGGUCGAGAGGUCAUGGACAGGUUCUUCCCGCUGGUUCCAGAUCUCCUUUCUCCAAGAGGGAUGUUCUAUUUAGUCACCAUUAAGGAGAACAAUCCAGAAGACAUUUUGGAAACAAUGAAGGUGAAAGGUCUUCAGGGGACCACUGCACUUUCCAGGCGAGCAGGCCAAGAAAUCCUUUCGGUCCUGAGGUUCACCAAGUCCUCGCACGCUGUCUGCUCCCCAUUAUAGUGAAAAAUAUGUAUUACAUUGAAUAUACAUAUGGAUAUACUAGUAUAUACUGUGUGUGUGUGUGUGUAUAGAUUGGCUGAAUGUAUUCACCAUAUUUUGAAACUGAAGUAAUUUUUGGUUAACAAGUAAAACUCAGAAAUUCGUCAAAUAGAGAAAGGUAAGAGGGCUGGGCAUCAUCUUUCACCUAUGAAUCAAGCCUGCAGACAUACUUACAGGAAGUGCAAGGAAAUAUGUACACUGGGUAUACUUGGUGUUUACAUAUAAAAGAGAGUUAUAUGUGAAAGGCCAUCAUUUCAGCAUUGCCUAAAACAGCAAAACAAGGAAGUCAGCCAACGUGCCAUCACCAAAGGGGUUGGUAAAGUAAGUUACAAUAUGCCCAGGAUCCUGAAUGAGUGACAUCUGGCCAUCAAACGACUCGGAUGUGUAUGGCCUGAACCAGAGGGGUUCAUGACAUACUAUUCAGUGAAAGAAAUGUUACAGGACAGUAUUGUCCCGCAUGUUUAUUUUUAAAAGACCCACAGAGGGUAGAUUGGUGCAUAUAGAAGUCUCAAAGACAUCAGGUGGGAAUGGAGGAACUUUUGCUUUUUUGUAGCAGCAUUUGUACAAGGAUAAUGUAUUAUAUAAUUUUAAAAAAAUUAAUUAAAAAAAUUUUUAAA